GGUUGGGGGAGGUCGGGAACGCGUCCGUGAGGCCGGAGCUGCGGCGGCGUCGGUGGCGUCGGGAGCGAGCGGGCCCGGGAGCGGCGCGGGUGGUGGAGGUGGAGCCAGGGGCUCGAGAGAAGUUGUGCUGUAGGUCAUGGGACCAGCAGAAGCUGAGGUUUAGGAAUGAAAGACUUCAUUGAUUUACCAAUUCUCUAAUCAUGGCACAGGUAGAGAAACGAGGAGGUUUGCUUCGGAAAUCUUCAGCCUCCAAAAAACCACUGAAGGAAAAAGUGGUGCUGAUGUAUGAUGAGAUCUUCAUGACAGAAGACCCUAGUAAGUGCAGUCCUCGAUUUUGGGAGGAGCUCUUCCUUAUGAAGGUGAAUUUAGAGUACCUAGAAGGCAAGCUGGAAUCUCUUGAUGGUGAAGAGUUAAUGAAGAUCAAGGACAAUAUUAAUUGCUUAUUUCAACACUGCAUCCAGGCUCUGGGAGAGGAGCAUCCGAUUCGAGUGGUCAAUGCAUUGCAGACCUUGUGUGCACUUAUUCGAGGAGUCCAUCAAAAGAAUAAGUCUACCUCUGGGUUUGACAUUAUCAACAUGCUAAUGGGCUUUGACAAGGCGGAGCUGUGCAUGAAGAACUUGAUGGAGAGUUUGGAUUCAUUGCUUUGUGCCGAAGGUUCUGAAAGUCUGAAGAGCUUAUGUCUAAAACUCCUCCUCUGCUUAGUGACUGUGACAGAUAAUAUCAGCCAGAACACUAUCCUGGAAUAUGUGAUGAUCAACAGCAUAUUUGAAGCAAUUUUACAGAUCCUUUCCCACCCCCCAAGUCGUAGGGAACAUGGUUAUGAUGCUGUGGUCCUCUUGGCUUUGCUGGUGAACUACAGAAAAUAUGAGUCUGUGAAUCCUUAUAUUGUGAAGCUGUCUAUUGUGGAUGAUGAAGCCACACUCAAUGGAAUGGGGCUUGUGAUUGCUCAAGCUUUAUCUGAGUACAACAGACAGUAUAAAGACAAGGAAGAAGAACACCAGAGUGGUUUUUUCUCUGCUUUAACAAAUAUGGUGGGCAGCAUGUUCAUAGCAGAUGCCCAUGAGAAAAUCUCAGUACAAACCAAUGAGGCCAUCCUUCUGGCACUUUACGAAGCUGUUCAUUUAAAUCGCAACUUCAUCACAGUGUUAGCCCAGAGUCAUCCAGAAAUAGGCAUGGUAACAACCCCUGUCAAUCCUGCUCCUACAACACCAGUCACACCACUUGGGACCACACCGCCCUCCUCUGAUGUUAUAAGUUCUGUGGAACUCCCACUGGAUGCAGAUGUACAGACCAGUAAUCUACUGAUAACCUUCUUAAAGUAUAGCUCAAUUGUCAUGCAGGACACCAAAGAUGAGCAUCGGCUUCACAGUGGCAAACUCUGUCUGAUUAUCCUUACAUGUAUUGCAGAGGAUCAGUAUGCCAAUGCAUUUUUGCAUGAUGACAACAUGAAUUUUCGAGUAAACUUACAUAGAAUGCCUAUGAGACACAGGAAGAAGGCAGCAGAUAAGAACCUUCCCUGCCGUCCUUUAGUAUGUGCAGUACUGGACUUGAUGGUAGAGUUUAUUGUAACACACAUGAUGAAGGAGUUUCCUAUGGAUCUCUAUGUACGCUGCAUUCAGGUGGUACAUAAACUACUUUGCUACCAGAAGAAGUGUAGAGUACGCCUGCAUUAUACCUGGCGGGAACUCUGGUCAGCCUUGAUAAAUUUGCUGAAGUUCCUUAUGUCAAAUGAGACUGUACUUUUGGCCAAACACAACAUUUUUACAUUAGCCCUUAUGAUUGUGAACCUAUUUAAUAUGUUUAUCACAUACGGCGAUACAUUCCUGCCCACUCCCAGCAGCUAUGAUGAACUCUACUAUGAGAUUAUCCGCAUGCACCAGAGCUUUGACAACCUCUACUCCAUGGUCCUGAGGCUUUCUACCAAUGCAGGCCAGUGGAAAGAAGCAGCUAGCAAGGUGACCCAUGCAUUGGUUAAUAUCAGAGCCAUCAUCAACCACUUUAACCCCAAAAUUGAAUCCUACGCUGCUGUGAAUCAUAUAUCCCAACUGUCAGAGGAGCAGGUGCUAGAGGUAGUACGAGCCAACUAUGACACGCUCACACUGAAGCUGCAGGAUGGCCUGGACCAGUAUGAGCGCUACUCCGAGCAGCACAAGGAAGCUGCCUUCUUCAAAGAGCUGGUUCGAUCCAUUAGCACCAACGUCCGGAGGAACCUGGCCUUCCACACACUCAGCCAGGAAGUCCUGCUCAAGGAGUUCUCCACUAUCUCCUGAGGCCGCAGAUGCCGGAACAGCCACUGACUACCCUUACCCAUGAGGCUCCUGGGCUGGAGGGGGGUGAGGGGAGUGGUUGGAGAAAAACACAGAUACCGAGUUCUCUUGGUAAAGGCCGCACUUCAGUGGAGCUUGGACAGCAGGGGCCAGGAUGGGCAAGCCAAGAAUAAUCUUAUUCGGGGAGGGGAUGGGUGGGCACAGGGAGAUACUUUCAGAAAUGUGGGGACUUCCACGGUGGGCUCCCUGGGCAACCCCUCACAUUUCCAAAUGAGAUGACAAGUUGUGGCUACUGGCUAAUUUCCAGGAGCUUUGGGGGUAAGCCUUAGAGUGAUGCCCAUACCCGGGGGAUCAGUGGCUCUCCUAGGCUUCUGAAAACAGACUCUCAGAUGUAGGUGAAGCCAAUUCUUCUUCCUUUGAUUCUGGAGGGAGCUGGGCUUGAAAUCUGUGUCUCCUGCCCCCGCUGGCACUUCAUCCAGUCAUUAGGACCCUUUGCUUAGGCUUAGGGUGGGGUAAGAAUGGGAUACCUUUUUUCUGUUUUCUAAUUCUAGAGCCUACUCCUCUGGGAUACUGGAGAUUAGAAUCUGCCCAUUGGUCUACAGUCUGGCCGCCACUUUCUGGAUUUGAUUCUUGGCACCAGGAAUACCUGUUAGCUUUCCCCUGCCUUCCAGCCCAUUGACUCAUCUUCACUACAGGGUGACAACCUUAGCUUUUCAUUUUCAAUCUGGUUUAAAUUGUCUUUAGGGUGUGUGUGUGAAAUAAACAUUGACAGGUUUUCUGGA